AUGGCUUUGCCCAUGGCCGGGGGCGGAUUGAUGGGGCUCCCGAAUGGGUUCCGGUUCGUGCCUACGGACGAAGAGCUCACAAUACACUACUUGUACAAGAAGGCGUUCUCCCUCCCACUGCCCAACAACAUCAUCGCUGUCGCCGACCUCGCCCGCAUUCACCCUGGGGAUCUACCAGGCAACGAGGCGCAUGGGGACAAGUUUUUCUUUAGCCGGCCGGUUCCGAGGUGCGGGCGCAGGGCUCGCGGGGCGGCGGCACCCGGCGCUGCUGGCGUGUGGAAGGCGUCCGGGGCGGAGGAGCUUGUGCUCGUCUCGCCACGGCGCGUUCCCACGGCCCUGAAGCAGACGCUCGUCUUCUUCUCCGUCGAUGGCAGAGGCGUCGCGCGCACCCGGUGGGUCAUGCACGAGUAUCGCCUCCACCCCAACGUGCUGCUUGCCACAGCCAACAACGGUAGGGCUGUGGAGGAUUGGGUGGUUUGCCGCGUAUUCCAGAAGGCCACGCGGGCUCAACGCCGCGGCGACGGAAACCCGCCGUCCCCGAUCUCAUCCUGCUUGACUGAGGAGAUAGGAGACGAGGACAGUGACGAAGAGAUCGCUAGUUAG